GCAACUGGGUGGCAACUCUCUUGUUUUUCUCGGCUGAUGAAAAAGUUGUCCAGAUAAAAUCAAUUAAAUAAGAAUUGCAGUAAAAUCAAAUUCUCAGUGAAAGUGCGGCUGCACGGCAUACAAAAUAGAGUAGUUAUACAAGGAGUUACGAGUGCAAAAAUCCGGAACCCAGCAGGCGUACGUGUGUGUUCGUGCGUAGUCCGUAAACGUCACACAAAGACGAGGCUCACGCACACAGGGAAAGAGAGCGGAGCCCGACUAUUUACUUUGAUCACCACGUAGUAACUAGUUAAAACUAGGGAUAAUCAGUGAUUACGGCUAAAAGGCGACAUGGACGGCAACAAGGACGAGGCGCAGCGUUGCAUCGAUUUCGCGGUCCAGGCACUCGCCGAGGGCAAGAUCGAGAAGGCUGAGAAGUUCCUGCUUAAGGCGGAAAAGUUGUUCCCCACAGAGAAUGCAAAGAAGCUACUGGCCCAGGUGAAGAGCACCUCGGGCAGCGGCAGCAAUGGCAAAUCCCGAUCAGCGGCUGCAAGCGAUGAGAAGGACAGCGGCCCUAGAAAGCGUGUGAACUCCGAUUCGCGGUCCAAUGCCCCAGAUUACACCAAUGAUCAAUUGGAGGCGGUGCGAAAGAUCAAAAGAUGUAAGGACUACUACGAUGUUUUGGGCGUCAGCAAAACGGCAACGGAUUCGGAGAUCAAGAAGGCGUACAAGAAGCUAGCUCUGCAAUUGCAUCCGGACAAGAACAAGGCCCCCGGAUCGGUGGAAGCAUUUAAAGCUCUGGGCAAUGCUGCAGGUGUGCUCACGGAUGCCGAGAAGCGCAAAAACUACGACUUGUAUGGCAGCAAUGAGUCGCACAAUGGUCACGGAAAUCAUGGAGGCGGUCACCAUAGACAUGGCCAAUCUUACGAACAACAAUUCCCGCCUGAUAUCAGUGCCGAGGAGCUGUUCAACAUGUUCUUCAGCGGAGGAAUCCCACAACAGAAUGUAUUCAUGCGGCAGCAGCGACGUCGUCAUCAGGCUCGUGAGGAACGCGAUGGAAACAAUUCUUCAGCUUUGAUCAACUUGUUACCCAUCUUGCUGCUGAUUGGUCUCUCAAUGAUGUCGUCGUUCUUUAUCUCAGAUCCCAUGUACAGUCUGACGCCCUCCCAUAAAUAUUCUGUGAAGCGCGAGACGAACGCUCUGAAAAUACCCUACUAUGUGAAGGAUAACUUCUAUUCAGAGUAUCAGGGAUCGGUGGCCCGAUUAGAGGAAUCCGUGGAAGAGGACUUUGUCAAUCAUCUAAAACACUCUUGCAGUCGAGAGCGUAAUUAUCGCGACUCCAUGCUGGCCAAGGCGCGUACCUUUGGCGAUCGGGACCUGUACAGAAAGGCGCAGAACAUCAACACGCCGUCGUGCGAGAAUCUGCAAAAGUAUUUAAUCACAUAAUUUAGUUAAUGCUGCUACACGAAACCAUACUUCCCCAACCCCCCAUUUUAAACCUUAACUGGGUUGUAGUCUACCUAAUUUGCUUUAGUUGUUAUAAAUGAAUUUCAUUGUCUGUUUUGUUUCAUAA